GGCCAGUGCCCAGUCGCUUCAUAACUUUUAUGAAGACAACAUGGUUGACUUACUCGUAAAAUAAUAAUUAUUACGUUUUAAUAACAAAUUAGUGUUAAAAAGUGUGCUAGUGUUGUGACAAUGUUGUUGUUUGUGUUUUUCGCUCUAAUAUGUGCGUCAAAUGGACAAUAUGAAGGACAGCCCUGUAUCAAAAAUGGCGUACAGGGCACCUGCAAAAAUCUAGAAGUCUGCCAACCAGCUAUCAACGAUAUCAAAAGACGGAAACAACCACAGAUAUGCUCGUUCGUGGGUACAGAUCCAAUCGUGUGCUGUGUCGAGGCUGUUCCAGUCGCCACUACUACUAAGAGGCCAUUCACGACCACCACAGAGUAUAUACCACCCCCUGUCGACUAUAAGGACAACGACGACUCGGAGGGUAGUUGUGAAAAUCUGCCCCCGAAUUUGACAGCCACGAAAACAGGGCAGAAGGCUUGGGAUAAAUGCAUAGAAUACCAGCAGACCCUAGUGUAUCCUUGCGAAAGGGGUGUGGCCCUUAUUGGGGACAUGGCCCGGGUUAACAACUGUAAGCACAGUGUCGCUGAUCUCAUUGUGGGGGGUGUGAAGGCUGCUAAAGAUGAAUUCCCUCAUAUGGUUUUGCUCGGUUUCGGAGACGAUCCGAAUUCCGCAGAAUGGUCCUGUGGCGGGAGUCUUAUUAGUGACAAGUUUAUACUGACCGCUGGCCAUUGCACUUAUAGCAGAGAGAAUGGACCAACAAAAUUCGCUCUCCUCGGCGUACUAAAAAGGACAGACCAAUUAGACAGCAACAACUUGUACAAGAUAAAGAAUAUUGUGAAACAUCCACAGUUCGAUCCGCCGAGGAAAUAUAAUGAUAUUGCCUUACUUGAAACGGAUAGAGUUAUGAAACUAGGCAUAUCAGCAGUCCCUGCCUGCUUGGACAUCGGGGCCCCAAACAACUACAACAGGGCCCUCGCCACCGGCUGGGGGGCCACAGAGAAUAGAGGCGCUAGCGCUGAUAUGUUGCAGAAGGUGAUCCUCACAAAAUUCAGCAACGACGAAUGCGUCAAGCUUUUCCCGCCAAAUCGUCUAAUGAAGAACGGCUUCGACAUCAACACACAAAUAUGUUAUGGUGAUAAAUUGCAAUCUAAGGAUACUUGUCAGGGUGACAGCGGCGGGCCCCUACAGAUAAAACACCGCCAAAUCAACUGCAUGUACACAAUCAUAGGUGUGACGUCAUUCGGUCGCGCGUGUGGUUUCAUCGGCGAGCCGGGUGUGUACACACGAGUGUCGGCGUAUGUGCCGUGGAUCGAGAGUGUUGUGUGGCCGUAGCUUUAGUGUUGUGGCUGGAGCUUUAGUGCUGUGUGGCGGGAGCUUUAGUGCUGUGUGGCUGGAGCUUUAGUUCUGUGUGGCUGGAGCUUUAGUGUUGUGUGGCUGGAGCUUUAGUUUAUGGUGAUUUAAUGCUGCGGUUACACGGUAUUUGUGAUGGGUGCGGUUCAUAUAGUAUAAGAUUAAUUUAGAUUUUUUUGUAUAAUAAUUUUUUUUGUGAUGUCUGCUUAUUUAAUAUUUAUAAAAUUUAAACCUUACAAAAUAAUUUUUAUAACCUGUGAAAGACUUAAAAGAAGGCGAAAUGUAUGUAAGUCUGUUGACAUGACAUGUUCGGGAGAUUGGGGAAUUUUACAUUAAUUGAAUUUUUGUUGUGUAUUGAUAGAUACGAUGAAUGUAAAGCUAGUAUGAAAUAAACAGUCAAAGUGAA